UAGUGAAACACCAUGCAUUUGCUGCAUGCAUGUAUGUUUAUUCCUGUGUUUAAAUAUCCCAGAUGUGUUUCCAUCAGCAGAGUGCACCAUAUUGUGCUAGGCACAGUAAUUUCUACAAAGCUCAUUUGCAAAACACAGUGCUUUGAGUACUACAGGGUACCAAAUGCUUCUGACAAAAGCCAAUCCAACUGAGAAGGUGUGCAUUCUUGAUGCAUUGAUAAACCUGGAGAUAUUUCUUGCUGCACUGAGCUCUAGAGGGUAUGAGGAAAGUGAUAUAAACUGAUGGACAUUCUGUGCAUUUGCAGACAGUUCACAUAAAAGGAAUGUGUUUGAAAAAGGAAAUGCUGUUCUAAAAUGCUCCUUCAUGCAUGACAGAUGAAAAGGAACAAAACGAACUAUUGAGGAUUUACUGUUGAAAAGCUGACAGCUUGGAAGACAGGAUGAGUGGAGGGACAGAAGGGAGCAUUCCCUUAACAACUGUGGUGACUUAUCGGGGGAGGAACUUUCCUUUGCUUCGCAAUUCUGCACCUAGGAGAUUUAUUCCAGCCUCGGCAUCUUUGCCAGUAAAAAUUAACUGGGAGUUCAACUUGCUGAUUUACCUCGCUAUCUUUUUUCUUCUCCUGCUUCUAAUUGUCCUGUUGCUUUUUGUGGUUCUGAAGCAACUAAAGAAUUCAGUGGCUACUGCUCCAGGGCAAUCUAGUCGAUCCUUGCGGGAACAGUCUGUGUGAUUCCAAAGCACAUUGUUUUGCCAGUACUUUUUACUUGUUUUUGGUCAGAUGUUAUUAAUGAAGACUGUAACAGAAAUUGGAUUCCCUGCCCAUAUUGGGAAUGCAGCAAAACAAAGAAGGAUUACAAUUUGGAAUUCUGGGAGCAUCUUUCCUUACUUUUGCUCAGAUUUGUAAAGACUACUUAUUCUCCGUGACUGUUUUGUAUAGAGUCGUUCUAUUUAUGUUUUCAGAAAUACUUUAAGGGGAAUGCUUCCCUUAAAUGCAACAGAAUCAUGCUUUUAUAAAGCAAACUGAGAAACUAGCAGACUUAGUGUUGUUGUGUAAAAACAUCUGCCUGAAGUUUCUAAAUAAAUGACAAAUGCAAACUCUGGAAAGAAAGCAUUGUAAUGCUGUUACACUAGAGACUAGACCGGUAUGGGUAAAUGAACUAACGAACCUGACAGUAAAGGGCUAGGCAGAUGUGCUUGUGUUUUCAGAUAGCUUGUAAGUGUGCUUAGGAUGGUGAAGAGUUAAUUUAUUGUUGUCAGAUUGAGCUCAGACAUUGGUACAGAGAUACUGAAAAAAGUGGGGGUGGGGAUCCAGAUGAUAAAUGUUUCAUAUUGCUUUUGUGCUCAAGCAUUUAAUAGCUUUCGCUGAUUAAAAGCAAUCACACUAAACUUCAGCAGCUGGCCAGGAAGCAAGUAUUUAAUAUUCUGAUGGUCACUCUGGCUGCUUCACAAACUAAACAAUAGAACGCUACCAGUACUUCAGUUUUGUGCCAGCUAUUUAAUUAAACUGCAUCAUUUUGUUUCAGUCCAACUGCUAAUUAUUAUAAAAAUGCAGACUUUUUGAGGACAGGGAGCAUUUCAGUAAAUAGCCUUUUUUAAGAGUUUAUUGAUUUUUUUUUAAGAAUGCUAGUUUCAGUAGUUAAUCAAGGUGUCAAACUGUAACAAAAAUAAAUAAUCAGUACAAACAGAAUUAGACACAAGCAUGGGGCUGAUGCAGUGUCCACCUUUUUUGUAUAAAAGACUUGUCUAUAGCUAUAUCAUAAAUCUCAGACCCCCCUACAGGUGUCAUUAAAGAUAUGCUGGCCCUGCUACACUGUGAACUUCUGUAGGAACACAGUUCACAAUCUACUUGCUAUAAGCAGUGCUGCUGUUGCACUGUGGGUGCUGUUGUCCUGUCUGUGCCAAGUAAAAUGAUAACACCAAGACACGAAUCAUAUCUAGCCGUUUUUUUUUUUUUUUUUUUGUGCCAAGUAAAAUCCCAGAGGAUGGCACUGACUUUCAAGAGAGACCAACAGUCUGGGAGGUCACAUGACCAUGGUUUAGGAAAUGUCUGUCCAGCACUGCAAGCACCUGAAGCUCACAGUUAUGAUCUUCCCGUCUGUAGCCUAAGCACAAGGUAAUUCUGGGAUUUGUAGAUAUGAGCUUGUGCAUUUGCAGACUCAGCCUGGUAUGCUCUAGCACAAUGCAGCAAAUACUGCGCAGAAUGAAAUACUUUUCAUACAGAAAGAGUAGACACCAUCUCAACUUGAGCCUAGGCUUUUUAGUAUACACUGUUCUUCCUAUAACAUACAUUUAAAAUUCAUUCUUCCCUUCUCUUUGGGGGGGAGAAAAAUGUUGCCUUAUUAGUCUUUUACAGCAUAUGUGGAUAAAUAUUUGUAUAUGUUAUAUUUUAUAUUCACUUUUUCAUCUGUGUAUUUUUGGAUGUCUGAAGGAGUUAUUUUGAGCUUUCAACCUGCUGACAUAUUUUUGAAGUUGACCAAAGGUGCGCAUGAUACAGAACUAAACAUAAUAAACAUUCUUAAAUGCCUA